CGUUGUUUUUGGCAGUGACGUAAUUCCGGCCGCCAACACCGACAGCUAUUUUUCGCGGCAAAAUGAAACAUGCAGAGACAGUAAAUACAUGUUGAUAUCGCCUAUAAUUCUUGCGUUUUCCAGCUAAUUGGUAUUCGUGUCGAUAUUCGCAGAGUGAGAUUUGGUGGUUGUGUUGUUAUGACGGAAGGGAGCGCCGAGCGGCCACACUAGCAAACUAUCGGCACAGCGCUGGACCCUGCAGCUGUCUGUCCUGGUUUCUACAGCUUUAUUGUUUGAUUUUCUGCAGACUAGGCUAACAGACUGUAAAUUAGACAAUGGCGUCGGUCACUGCAGAAAGCAUCAAGAUGGAGAUGGAAAUGUUCGGCAUGGAUUGCCAAGACGAGUCCAUACUGGACAAGAUGCUGGAGCAGUGUCUCUGUAACAGGCUGCAGGCGGACGAGCUCAUGGCGGAGUGGGUGGCCUUCAGCACCACCAAAAACAGUCUGAAACUCAGCAUGGACACCCUGGAGCAGUUUGAGCAUGAGGUUUUGACCAAGAAGAGCAAAUCCAAGCACAGCAUCAAGAGAGAGGACCCGCUUAACAGAACCAGAGACAUCCACUCACUGCAGGACUUAAUCAAAGCUGAAGAAGAGGAGGAGAAUCUGCUUGACUCGUACUCUACUCCUGCCAAGGGCUCCCAGAAACGUGCUCUCACCACCCCGGAGCACCCUCACUCUAAGAGGAGUGCGGCUCUGCUGGCCAGCCCGGGCCUGCUGCUGUCUCCUGCCAGCUUCUCUCCCAGUGCAACUCCCUCCCAGAAGUACAGCCAGCGCGGGGCUAAAGGGGAGGUGGUGGUGACGUUCGGGGCUGUCCAGGGCACUCGCUGGGCAGGGAGGAAGAGUCCAGGCUCAGGGCUCCAGCUGGAGCUGCUGGAAAGCCCUGAAGACACACUCCACUGCAGCUACAAGUACAUGUUUCAGAGGCUGCGCGAUGUUCGAAACGUGUUGACAGAGAAGAUUGAGGAGCUCGGGGAGAGUCUGAGGUCUAACUUCAACAUCGAGGAGUUCUCCCCCGUCUCUCUGCCCGCUCAGGACAGUAUAACUGUGUUGGGCCAGGUGUGCUGCGACAGUAAUGGAAAACUGAACGCCCAGUCUGUUCUGUUGGAGGUGGGCCCAGAGCAAGGCGGGCAGCAAGUGUCCGUCGACCUAUCAGAGCUCAGAGAGUACUCACUGUUUCCUGGUCAGGUGGUCGUGAUGGAGGGGAUGAACACAACAGGAAGACGGCUGGUGGCUUCUAAACUCUAUGAGGGAGUGCCUCUUCCCUUCUACUCCCCUGAGGUGAAACAGGAGAUGGAUGAAGUUCCCGAGCCGCUGAGUGUACUGGUGGCCUGUGGACCGUACACCCCAUCGGACAGCCUGACCUUUGACCCUCUGCUGGACCUGAUCAGCAUCAUUGUCCGGGACCGUCCCGAUGUCUGCCUGCUGCUGGGACCUUUUGUGGAUUCUAAACAUGAACAAAUUGAGAAAGCCCAGGUGACUGAGACCUUUGAGGCCAUUUUCAUGAGAUGUAUUGAAACCAUCGUGGAAGGGACCAAAAGUGUCGGCUGUCGCCUGGUGUUUGUUCCCUCGCACAGAGACAUCCACCACCACUUCAUCUACCCUCAGCCUCCCUUCACCCUGCCAGACCUGAGCAAGGACCAGGCCCAGCGUGUGACCUUGGUCCCCGACCCCUGCACCCUCCUGAUUGAAGGUGUGACCUUUGGCCUGACGUCCACUGACAUCCUGUUCCACAUGAGUGCAGAGGAAAUCAGCUGCGCUCCGGGAUCAGACAGAUUCUCUCGCAUCCUGAAGCACAUGCUGACCCAGAGGAGCUACUACCCGCUGUACCCCCCUGUGGAGGAGGUGAACAUGGACUAUGAGAAGUUGCAGAGCUACGGCCAGAUGCCUCUCACCCCCGACGUCCUCAUCGUUCCCUCUGAGCUGCGCUACUUCAUUAAGGACGUGAUUGGCUGCGUAUGUGUCAAUCCCGGACGACUGACCAAAGGCCAGGUGGGCGGGACCUAUGGCAGACUGCUUAUCCAGCGCAGCACCUCAUUGGAGGAUGGGAAGAGAGUCAGUCCUUGUUUGGCCGGUCAGGUGGUUAAGAUCUAAUGCCAACAGAGACCCGUUGAUGUAAAUAGGAACCCAGUGGACCAUAAAAUCCGACUCACUCUUUGGUUUAUUUUUGUACAACAGCCAGAUGUUGUGUGGCUCGAUCAGCAGACAUGUACUACUAGCUGUCACAAUCCUCACAUUUUUCAAUAAAUUAUUUUCUCUCUAA